AUGGCUCCUAAGAUCGCCAUCGUCUUCUACUCCCUCUACGGCCACAUCCGCCAGCUGGCGGAGGCUGAGAAGGCCGGCAUUGAGAAGGCCGGCGGUACUGCCGACCUGUACCAGGUUGAGGAGACUCUUUCCGAGGAUGUCCUGGCCAAGAUGCACGCCCCACCCAAGCCCACGGACAUCCCUGUCCUGACCGACCCGGCCACCCUUCUCCAGUACGAUGCCUUCCUCUUCGGCAUCCCCACCCGUUACGGCAACUUCCCCGCCCAGUGGAAGACCUUCUGGGACAAGUCUGGUGGCGUCUGGGCCAGCGGUGGCUACGCCGGCAAGUACGCCGGCUUGUUCGUCAGCAGCGCCGCCCACGGCGGUGGCCAGGAGUCCACGGCUCUGGCGUCCAUCAGCACGCUGGCGCACCACGGCAUCAUCUACGUGCCCCUGGGCUACUCCCACUCCUUCCCUCAGCUGGCCAACCUGGAGGAGGUCCACGGCGGCUCCCCCUGGGGUGCCGGCACCUUCGCCGCCUCCGAUGGCAGCCGCCAGCCUUCGGCUCUGGAGAAGGAGAUUGCCACCAUCCAGGGCGAGGCUUUCUACAAGAUCGUCUCCAAGGCGGCAUGA